AUGGAAUUGACUGUCAAUGAAACAAGCGAACAAACCCCCAAAACAGUUAUUGAUGCCAUCACUGCUGCGAGAUUAUCAUGUCUACCAACCAACCGCCUGACUGUGUUGACUGCCUCCCUCGUCCAAACAUUCAAGACAGAAUUAAAGUAUAAUCUCAUCUGGUCAAAUGGUUUGUAUCUUCAAGAGGUCCCCAAGCGCCUGGGUUACAACGAUGCACUAGAUACUUCUGUGUCUGCACUUACGGCGGCUCAUUUGGAUAUUGUUUUGGGAAGGAAAACUUCCGUAAAAGCACUCACUGAAUACAGUCGUGCACUGCGAACCCUCAAAAAUGUACUAAAUGAUCCCGUCAAGGCCUGCGCGUCCGAGACUCUUUGCGCCGUCAUGUUACUGUUGCUUUGCCAGUCCUUUAUCGGCGUGAGGGGUGCGGCUUACAUGGGUCAUGUUGAAGGUGCAGCUCAGAUACUGAGAGCUCGCCGAUAUUACAACCCUGCCGAUGACUUUGAGGCCAAAUUACUGCUUUCACUACGUGGGCCAGUGUUAUUUAUGGGAGUCUUGAGUGACAAAAUUCAAUUCAGCCGCCGAGAAUGGGACACAAUUGUCGUUAAUGACCUUGACGGAUCCACUCCAGAGGGUAAGAUGAUGUGUUGUCUCGCUCAGCUUCCAGUCAUUCGUGAACGAAAAAAGAAGAUGCUCAAUGGUGGAAAUAAUGAUCCAGACUUGCUUGAAGAAACGAGGACUAAUUACCAAAACAUGAUGGAUGUACUGGAAGAGUUUCACAGUCGAAAAGUGGAAAUGCAAAAGACGAUUGCAGCGGGGACUGUGUCAACACCUUAUGGUCGAAUAAUGGAUGCCCACUAUCAACGCAGUUAUGCUCUUGGAUUAUCCGUCAGUCUGGUAAUAAAUUUUGUGGCCUACGCAAUUGAACCCGACAAUAGCGAUCUUCCUCUACAAGCAGAACACUUUGUCAAAGAGAUAUUAAGUCUUUGCGAAGGAGCAGAGAAGUUCAGGCCUUUAGGAGCGAGCUAUAUGCUCUUGUGUCUUAUGCUUGCUUGGGCGGGAACAGAAGAUCAUCCCAACAAACACUCGAUUGAGAUGGAACUCGAAAAGUAUCUUCAGGAUUUUCCAAUGGGAUCAUUAGCAGAAUUGCUACCGAAAAUGAAGCUCUAUGCGGGAUAUUUACGCCUAUUAUCAACUCUCAGCCCUGAUUGCUACUAA